AUGGAAUCUUCAUGUGGAUCAAUUACAACAUCUUCAGCAAGUUCAAUGCGAUGGACUCAGCUGCAUGAUUACACAUUAUUAAUGGAGGUUUUGACCUUCGAACCAUGGCAGUUUAAACGUGGUUCAAAAGAAAGAGGAGAUUCAUGGGAAAAAAUAUCCAACUCUCUUAAUGGAUUACCAGAACCUUAUUUUAAAGUUACUGGUAGAUCAACUCGUGAUCACAUUAACCUUUUGAUUGAAAAGUUUAAAAAAAAAGAUACAAAAGAAAAAAAUGCAAGUGGAAUUACAUGUGACUUGACAGAUUAUGAUGUGGCUAUUGCUGAUGUCUAUAAGAGAUUUCAGCAAUCUGAAAGUAUUUUUAAAGAGCAAUUAGAGCAUAAUAAUGGAAAGAUUGAUGUGGAUAAUGUUCAACGAAACAAAGGACAAGAACUCUUAAAAAAGUCAAGAAAUAAUAGCAAUGAAACUAUUGCUUAUUUAAAAGAGAAGAAUGAAAUAGAAGUAAAUAUUAGAAAAGAAGAACUGGAAAUUAAAAAAAGAGAAGUUGAAGCACAAAAAUUUUAA